CCGCGCACCCGGAAACUGAGCAGUGCAACAACACCAGCCCUUUCUGCAGGCAAUAAACACCUCAGAAAAACACCAUCUGAUGAUCCCAUGAGCUGUUGAAAGACGGCUCUGUGUCUAAGAUCAGCUUCAGGAAAGGAAGAUAAGGGACACUCAGACUGUUUGUGCUGUAACACAUACAUCGGCAUCAUGUCAGAUAAAAGUGAGCUGAAAGCUGAGCUCGAGCGAAAGAAACAGCGCUUGGCUCAGAUAAGAGAGGAGAAGAAGAGGAAGGAGGAGGAACGCAAGAAAAAAGAGGCUGAGCUGAAGAAGGAGGCCGUCCCACCGCAGGAUGAUUCAGACCUGGAGAAGAAGCGCAGAGAGGCUGACGCUCUGCUGCAGAGUAUGGGCAUCACACCGGACGCACCUGUGGGUCCUACACCCGUGUCUCCCACGGCCAAAUCUGCAGGCACUCCAAGUGAAGCAGGGAGCCAAGACUCAGGAGAGGGUGCCACCGGACCCAGGAGUCUGCACUGGGACUGUGACCCCUCUACUCUCCUGCUUCACUCUGAGCCGGGACGUGGUCCUCUGAAGUUGGCCAUGGUGAAGGUGACCCACGUGGAUUUCCCUCCCAAAGAGGUGGUGUCCUACACGAAGGAGACACAGACGCCCACCGUGACAGAGCAGAAAGAGGAGGAAGAUGAGGAAGAGACCCCACCCCCGCAGCCCGAGGUCGAGGCAGAGAAAGAGAAACCAGAAGAGAAACAGGACGAGGAAGCGCCCCCUCAUGAGCUAACAGAGGAGGAGAAGCUGCAGAUCCUGCACUCGGAGGAGUUCAUGGAGUUCUUCGAUCACAGCACACGCAUCAUGGAGCGCGCUCUGUCCGAACACGUGGACGUUUUCUUCGACUACAGCGGCCGUGACAUGGAGGAGAAGGAGGGUGAGAUGCAGGCUGGGACCAAACUGUCUCUAAACAGGAAGUUUGUUGAUGAUCACUGGUCCAGACAGCGGGUGGUGACCUGUCUGGAUUGGUCCCCACAGUAUCCAGAGUUGCUAGUGGCCACUUACAACAACAACGAGGAAGCACCGCACGAGCCUGAUGGAGUGGCUUUGGUCUGGAACAUGAAAUACAAGAAGACCACACCGGAAUAUGUCUUCCACUGUCAGUCCGCAGUCAUGUCUGCUGUGUUUGCAAAGUUUCACCCAAACCUGGUUGUCGGUGGCACUUAUUCAGGACAGAUCGUCCUGUGGGACAACAGAAGUAACAGACGCACUCCUGUCCAGAGGACGCCUCUCUCUGCCGCGGCGCACACGCACCCAGUGUACUGUGUUAAUGUGGUUGGCACACAGAACGCUCAUAACCUCAUUAGCAUCUCUACUGAUGGAAAGAUGUGCUCCUGGAGUCUGGACAUGCUGUCUCAACCACAGGACAGUAUGGAGCUGGUGUUUAAGCAGUCUAAAUCCGUUGCGGUCACCUCCAUGUCCUUCCCUCUGGGUGAUGUUAAUAACUUUGUGGUGGGGAGUGAGGAUGGAUCAGUCUACACAGCCUGUCGUCAUGGCAGUCGGGCAGGUAUCAGUGAGAUGUUUGAGGGGCAUCAUGGCCAAUCACAGGCAAUUCACUGUCACACAGCGGCAGGACCCGUAGAUUUCUCUCAUCUCUUCCUGACCGCCUCAUUUGAUUGGACCGUUAAACUCUGGAGCACCAAGAGUAACAAGCCUCUGUACUCGUUCGAGGACAACUCUGAUUAUGUGUAUGAUGUCAUGUGGUCUCCGGUGCACCCCGCUCUCUUCGCCUGUGUGGACGGACUCGGACGCGUUGACCUGUGGAACCUCAACAAUGACACAGAGGUGCCCACUGCCAGCAUGUCUGUGGAAGGCAGUCCCGCUCUGAACAGGCUGCGCUGGUCUCAGUCGGGCAGAGAGAUCGCUGUGGGUGACUCAGAGGGACAGAUCCACAUUUAUGAUGUCGGCGAGCAAAUCGCAGUCCCACGGAACGACGAAUGGACCCGCUUCGUGCGGACGCUGGCGGAGAUCAACGAGAACCACGACGAUGCCGAGGAACUGGCCGCUCAGCGCCUCGCCGCUUGAUCGUCAAGGAAACCAGCAGAUCUCAGAAAACUGGAAUCGCGUCUCUCUCUGGAAAUGAUUUCGGUGUGCUUUGAAACCUUUGAUUCUGCAUUUUGUUUGGAAUACAAAUAUGAAACAUGUACCGUAGGCGCGAGCGCAGAAGGCCUCCCCAUCAGCCCACGACCAGAAGCCUUAACAUUUGCAUGCAAAAAAAAACCCCAUAAUGAAUGUUUCUGUUUCUAUCCAGGUAUCUCUGAGCAUGCUAAACUCUCAGCUUAUUAUGCACAGCCAAAUAUGAAACAUCUCAUUAAACCUGUGUCUGGAUCCACCAAAAAGAAAAAAGAAACAUCUUUUGCAUAACGAAUAUGAAGCUGUUUUUGUAUUAUUUUUAUGACAACUGAGCACAUUUUCACAUUUUAAAGCAAAACUAAAAGUUUAAAGGAAUAAAUCUGCUGCCUUACAUUUACACAGAUUUACUAUUACAGGUUUUUUAGUGUAAUGCAGUAAAACAGAAUUGGGGUGAGGGAGUGUGCUUACGUGCUAGAUGUCAUAAAUGGUAUAAAAUGUAAUAAAAAUGGUUUUCUUUUGAUUUUGGGGUGAAAUAUGUUUUUGAGAGGUUUCGUCAGAUCAUUAUCUAACAAUUGUACUAUUCUCAAUACUGGUAAUGCUUUUUUUUUACUUGAUCACAGUCCUAGAGAAUUGUAGUGAUCUACCUCUUUCAGAUCUUGUCAGUGGGUCAUACUCAGCAUCACGUAUUGAGUCUGGUGGAGAUUUCUGCUGUCUAACUGUGGACCAAAUGCUGGAAUAAUUUGUGACUUUCAACUGUUUCUUUUUUGGGGUUUUGUUCCUGUUAAUGAUCGAUCUUGUUCCUCUCCACCUCAGCAGAGGCACAGUCACAUUUGUCUGAUGUAUAUCAAUAUACCGGGUUCAUUUUCAGACUAUCUGAACUGCUUAGUGUCUCUUUUAGAGAUCAAGGUCUUUCUCUUCCAGUGUUCCUCAUCAGUUUGAAAUGCUCACAGUCACUUUUGCAGAACCUCUUUGAAUGUCUUUGUAUCUGAAUUCUCUUUCUAAGCCAAAUCUUCGGUAAAUCUCUUGUAAUUUACCUCGAAUCAGUCUGAAGUCAUCCUGUAGUAUUUUGCAAGGAGAAACUUGCUUUCAAAACGUUGCUUCCAGCUGUUUCCAACAGUAUUCCUUGUGUUUAAUGGAAUGACCAAUAAAUUCUGCAUUUGAAAUGUAA